AUGGAAAGUUUUAUGAGUCUUCGUAAGGAGACGACAGAUCUUUUGGCAAAGAAAACUGCUAACUACGCGCUGCCGGAUGAUGAACAGCCAGUGUAUCAUAGCACUUUUACCUCAAUUUCUGUUUUAUUUCGAGACUCGUGUGCAAGUACCAGUCAUAGAAAGAUGAUGAAUCUAUCAUUUCUGUCUGCUAGUAAGUGGAAAACGCGAAAGCAACUGAAACUUUCAUCAUUUUUGCACUCUAAUUUAAAAAUUCGGAAACUGCGCAAUCCUGUAAAUGAGGCGUUUCUGCUGUGCAAUUCGAAGUUGUUAUCUAAAUUUUGCUUGAAUUACCUCAAGAAAUCAAACUACGCAGAGCAAAAAUUGACAUCGAGAAUACACCGGGAAAUACCGGUUACCUUGGAAACUUCUGAUCCGGAAGGUGGAGUCAGCAUAAAUAAAUCUGAAGGGCUAGAAGAAAGGGAUUAUGCUGCAGAUGAACUCUUCAGCUGCAUAUCAGAAAUAUAUGAAAACGAAAAGGAAAAUGUGAUGGCAGGUAUUUAUGCUGAAAAUGAAGAGGUAACUGCGUUACAGAAAUGUACAGAUCAUAUGCGACUGUUGACAGAAAGGCACGACAAUGCAAUGAAGACUUUGAAUGAGUUGCGGAACGCGUAUGAAAUGGUUACUGAGCGCACCUCCUCGCUACAUAACGCGUGUGAUCAGAUGAUGGCUCAUCAGACGCAUCUGGCUGCUGGAGCGGAACAGAUUCGUGCAAAUCUUUACUACUUUACUCAACAUGAUGCAAUAAUGAAGAAGUUGAAUACUGGUAAGCUCUCUGUAAAUGGGAAGUCUUUCAUGCAAUUACUGGCCACGAUUGAUGAGUGUUUGAGUUUUCUACGUGACCAUAUACAGUACAAAGAUUCACUGCUGUAUAUUGAGAAGUACAACCAGUGCCUUUCGAAGGCUAUGACUGCCAUCCGUGUUGCUGUCCUUUCUGACCUUGAAGCUAGCGUCAACGCAGUACGUGAUCGACAAGCUCAACUGGACGCAGAUGCUGGCCAAUACUCGUAUCCAGAUGAGGACACAUUUGCCUUAAUUUAUGGGGUUUUCGCUGGGCGAGCUAAUUUUAUUCGUUCUGCUCUCUCGGCUGCCGAGCAGAGAUUCGCGGAUGUUCCUGAAUAUCAGGCGAUGGCGGCAGACUGUCAGAAUGCGUAUUUCAGUAUAAGGAAGCAACUGUUGUCUCCAAUACUCCAUAAAACCAUUGAGCAAUUAUUGCAAAAACACGCUGAAAGUUCAUGUGCAUUGACUAGAAACGGUUGUUCAUUUUUGCUACGUUUAUGUGAUGACGAGUUUCGCCUUUUCAAACAGUUCUUUAACCAGUGCAUUCCAGCUUCUGAAAAUAAGAGUCCACACUCACAAGGAAACUCGGUUCCAUCAAGUCCUCUAUCAAAAGCCGUACUAGCUCCUUUUGUUGGAACUCAGACCUGUUUUGAUGAUUUUAUCGAAUCAAUAUCAAGAAUAUUUUAUGACGUUCUACGCCCUAUUGUUGUCCAUAACCCACAUUUGGAAACUCUUGCAGAGCUUUGUACCAUUUUGAAAGUAGAAAUGAUCGAGGAACGUUGUGGCCUUAUGUUGUCUGUUAUGCAACAAAUGCAUAACAUAGAAGCACUAAAAUCUUCUGGGAAAGGGGAUUCAGGGGAAGAGAUUCUGAUGAAUCCGCGUAAUGGUUUUGUUAGAGUCAUGGGGGAACUGGUUGGUGAUAUCGCUGAAAGAAUUGUUUAUCGCUGGGGAAGCCAUGUGAGGCGCGAAUGUGGUAGUAGAUUGAAAAGCAUUCAAGAAACUAUUGAAACAUUGUCUGCAAGUUUUGCUAUGCUGAUGGACUGUAACCGGUGGUCCCAGAUAGAACGAUUUGCCCUUCCAAUAGCUGGCUUGUAUGGUCAGUCUGAUAUUCUUGGCUUUCGGCCGUCACCUGGUGAUUUGGCUUAUCCCGAAAAAUUGAUUAUGAUGAAGAAAAUUGAAUUGGAGAGCGCUGCAGCAAAAGAAGCACCUGACAAAACAAGUGAUUCGAGCAAUAACGAGCCUACUCCAGCAGUUGACUUACACUGUUUAUGGUACCCAACGGUUCGUCGUACAGUUUUAUGCUUAUCGAAACUGUAUCGCUGCUUGGAUUUGGCUGUAUUUCAAAGUAUAGCUCGUGAACUUUUAUCUGUAUGUUGUGAUUCUUUGACACAAGCCGCAGAGCAGAUACAGCGUAAUGUUGCUCAAAAGUCUUCAAAACUGCGAGGGAUGUUAGACUCAGAGCUUUUUGUUGUUAAGCACUUGCUUAUAUUACGUGAACAAACCAGUCCCUACAGGGCGGUGCUGUCAGAGUUCAGCUCAACCACCGAUUUAAUUCCUCAAAGGGAUUACUCUCUGGAUUUGAGCAAGUAUAAAACGAGUGCAUCGCAUUUGUUACAGAACAGGCAGCGGUGGUUUGAACUCAAUUCAAACAAUGCGUUUUUGGAACUUCUAUUUCAGGUACCAGUUUCAGUAAUCGAGUCUUCUGGUGACAGUCGCCGCAUUAUUGACUCACAGCUGAAGACUCAUUGUCACUCUCUUAUUAAAGUUGCAACGGAUUUAAUCGUAUUGAAUUUGAGCAACUAUAUUUUGAAAGUGGAGUCCCAACAAAAUACUGAUACUCAGCCAAGUGAGAAAAGUGAGCCUCUGGUCGAACCUUCUGUCAUGCAAGAUUUAUCCGCCCAGGCAUUCAAGAAUUUGACGCGUUUUUGGCCGGAGAUAAAGGAUGCAUUUGAUUUAUACAUUGGGGCUAAAGAUGCGGAAGAUAUUUUGUUACAAGCUGUUAGGAAACAAGUCAGUGAUUUUAUUCGGAAAAAACAGCAAUUGCAACGCGAUUUUGCGUCUUUUUGUUUUUAUGGGAUGGUUUUUUCAAGAGCCAACAGCUUUGCGGAAAAGCAUUAUGAUGACGAACAACGACAGAUUGCUGGAAUUCCUACUCAGGAACAAGUGGCUCUUGUACGGCGAGUGCGAUGCAAUAUUUUGUACUCCACAGUCUGGCAUGAAAUACGUCGUGAGGAGAGACAUCUAUGCAUAGUGGGCAACUCCGGAUACAGUGCAGUAUUGGAUGCUCCUAAAAGUAUACGUCAUUAA